UAGAAAGUAUUAGUUAAGUUAAGUCAGUUAAAAAAAAUAUUAUUUUUAAAGUUUUAACUAAAAUUUUAAAAACUAAAAUCAUGUUUAAACAACUAUUGCUAAUUAGUUUAGUUAGCAUGGUAGUCAAUAAUUUUAUUGGCAUAAAAGCAUCAAGUGCAUCACCAAGCGCACUUAGCUUUGUCGAAAAUGAUCUAGUACAAGUUGACGUUAAAAUGUUGUAUGGACCAUGGUCAAUUAGGGCAUCGACUGUAUUACCAACUGAUCCCAAAUUUUCCCAUAAUAUCUACACUCAAUCAAGCGAUGGACUACUAAUUACUAAAUUCAAUGAUACAACCAGUCUGGGAACGGCUACAUUGAAACCGGCACCGGGCGGUAGUCGGAUAUGGGUAGCCGAUAUCAAUUACAAGGGUGAACCCAAACAAUUGAGACACCAAUACCCUGUUUAUCUGGACUAUGAUUAUCGUAUAGUACUAGUUGUCAGAGAAAGUGAUCCAAAAAAUCCAAUACUGGAAGUCUAUGCCAGACCUAGUGUUUCAUACAAUAGGGAACCCAUCGAUGAAAUACUAAACAAAAUUCAAUCAAACAAUUCAAAUAUUAAAAAAUUAAUCGGAGAUUAUGUACCAAAACUACAUUAUGUUAAAAGUCCAUAAAUAUUGAAACUAAUUAACUUAAUUAAAUUA